AAAAUGCUCCAAGGAAAGCUUCUCAAAACUGUCAGUCCCAAGUCUCCUGCUAAUCUUCACUGCUGCUAUGCAGUGAUCAUGGUCCUCACUGUAGCUGUAGUUGCUCUUUCUGUUGCUUUGUCAGUAAAAAAGACAGCACAGAUCUCAACCAUAAAUACCUAUGCUACUUGCCUGAGAAACUGGAUUGGAUAUGGAAAUAAAUGUUUUUAUUUUAAUGAAACGCCAAGUAACUGGACAUUGAGCCACACCCUCUGUAAGGAACAAGAGGCCAAGCUAGCACGAUUUGACAACGAGGAUGAGCUGAAUUUCCUAAAGAGAUACAAAGGGAGUUCAGGUUACUUGAUUGGCCUGCACAGAGAGUCAUCAGCGCACCCUUGGAAGUGGACAGACAACACUGCAUAUAACAACUUGCUUCCCAUCUGAGGAGUUGAAAAACAUGGUUUCCUGAGUGACAAUGGGAUCAGCAGUAGCAGAGACUACAUAAAGAGGAAUUUGAUUUGUAGCAAGCUCAACAGCUACACCUCACAGUGCCAGUAGUUUCUCUGGGUAGAGAGUUUGUCCUAGCAAUCAUGAGGAACACGGAACAUGGUAUCUACAGUUCCUGCAUCAUUAACAAUGUGCUAAAUCAUCAUCAGUUCAUAA